AUCUUCUAACAUGGGAUCACUCACCAAAGUGUGGGACCAGAUUGAGCUUUAAGACCUCAAGCCAGACUCUUAUAUGUAUGACUACUUGAGAGCUCUCUUCACACAAAAGAAGUGUUUUUUCAGUAUGAGUACAUCAAUUUAAGACACAAACACACAUAUUUUCGAGGGGGAGAACUUACAAUAUAUUUUCAUCAAACAUUAUGUCCGUGCUUGGAGUUCUUUCGCUCCUGACAUUUCUGUUUCUUUGCCACUCAUCUGUUGAUGCGAAGAUUUUGCAUCAGCAGAUGAAGAAGACGUUCAUAGUUCACAUGGACAAGUCGAGCGUGCCAGCAAGCUUUGACGAUCACCUGCAGUGGUAUGACUCUUCUUUGAAGGCAGUAUCACAAACUGCCAACAAGCUCUACACCUACGACAAUGUUGUCCAUGGAUAUUCAGCGCGCCUGACAGUUGAGGAAGCUCGGUUGCUUGAAGGGCAACCGGGAGUCCUCUUGGUUCAAGAGGAUAAGAAAUAUGAAGUCCACACCACCAGAUCACCGGAGUUCCUUGGAAUCCUCAACAAUCAGGAAUCCUUCCCUGAUUCUGGCACAUCAAGUGAUGUGAUCAUUGGUGUGUUAGACACAGGCGUUUGGCCUGAAUCAAGUAGCUUCGAUGAUAAGGAAGUAGGCCCACUCCCUCCAGGCUGGAAGGGAGCAUGUGAAGCAAGCAAAACCUUCAGUUCAUCCAGCUGCAACCGCAAACUGAUUGGCGCAAGGUUCUUCUCACAAGGUUAUGAAGCAGCAUAUGGGCCGGUUGACGAGUCUACAGAAUCCAGGUCCCCCAGGGAUGACGAUGGCCAUGGAACACACACAUCGACCACAGCAGCUGGAUCGACUGUGGUUGGAGCGAGUCUCUUUGGUUAUGCUGCAGGGACAGCACGUGGGAUGGCCAGGCAUGCCAGAGUGGCAGCAUACAAAGUCUGCUGGCUGGGAGGAUGUCUCAGCAGCGACAUACUAAUGGCGAUGGAGAAGGCAAUUGAAGACGGCGUGCACAUUCUAUCGCUGUCACUGGGUGGAUCACUUAAUGAUUACUUCCAAGACCCUGUUGCAAUUGGAGCGUUUGCAGCAACGUCUAAAGGAAUUCUUGUAUCAUGCUCAGCCGGGAAUGGAGGGCCGAGUCGAGGUAGCUUGUCUAAUGUCGCGCCAUGGAUAACUACAGUGGGGGCUGGUACAAUGGAUAGGCAAUUCCCAUCAUAUAUUACCCUUGGAAAUGGUAAAAAAAUAACAGGGGAAUCACUCUACAGUGGGAAGGGCUUAACUGGCUCCUUAAUUCCAUUGGUUUAUGCUGGCAAUAUCAGUAAAGCAUCCAAUGGUAAUCUAUGCAUGAAAGGAGGCUUAAUCCCAGAAAAGGCCAAGGGGAAGAUUGUGGUGUGCGACCGAGGGCAGAAUCCAAGGGCACAAAAAGGCCUGGCAGUCAAAGAGGCAGGUGGGGUCGGGAUGAUCCUAGCAAACACAGAUACCUUUGGAGAAGAGCUGGUUGCUGAUGCCCAUUUCAUACCCACAGCAGCUGUAGGCCAGGGUCCCGGUGAGGAGAUAAAGAAGUACACCUUUUCAGACCCUAAUCCAAGUGCCAUUGUCGAAUCUGGAACCACCCAGCUCGGAGUCCAACCAUCACCUGUCGUGGCAGCAUUCAGUUCAAGAGGUCCAAAUCUAAUCACUCCUGAUAUACUGAAACCUGAUUUGAUAGCACCAGGUGUGAACAUACUCGCUGGUUGGACCGGAAAAGUUGGUCCUACAGGAUUGCCUGAAGACACCCGGCACGUGAACUUCAACAUAGUUUCUGGGACAUCCAUGUCCUGCCCUCACAUAAGUGGAUUAGCAGCACUUGUUAAGGCUGCACAUCCUGAAUGGAGCCCUGCAGCUAUAAGGUCAGCAUUGAUGACAACAGCUUACAGUACAUACAAGAACGGAGAAAGAAUUAAAGACAUUGCAACUGGAAAGCCAUCCACACCAUUUGAUUAUGGUGCUGGGCAUGUAGACCCGAUAUCAGCGCUAGACCCCGGUCUAGUAUAUGAUACCACAACCAACAACUAUAUAGACUUUCUUUGUGCAAUAGGAUACAGUUCAAGUAUGAUAAAGCUCAUUGCAAAGCAAGAGCAUCAGUGCAAGGAGGGCGUGAAAUACAGCGUAGCAGAUCUUAACUACCCAUCUUUUGCUGUUCCAUUUGAGACCGCCUCAGGCCCACGAGGUGGUAGCAGCGCACCAACAGUUGUCAAAUAUACGAGGACCCUAACAAAUGUGGGUGGUCCAUCAACUUAUAAGGUCUCCGUCUCUCAGGAGACAAAUUCUGCCAAGAUCCAGGUUCAGCCCUCAGUGCUUAGUUUCAGCACUCCAAACGAGAAGAAGACUUACACAGUGACAUUUGCUGCAACUUCUAUGCCCUCAGGCACAAGCAGCUUCGCACAUUUGGAAUGGUCAGAUGGGAAACACACUGUUGGUAGCCCAAUUGUGUUUAGUUGGACAUAGUAGUAUUAUCAACAAUAACUAUUGUAAGAUAUACUGCCCUCCCCCAACUCUAAAAUGCAUAAAUUAUUUUACUCUGAAA